AUGGAGGCGCAGGAAUGGUACUGUGACAACGACCUAUUUGCCACGGAGGAGCGUAUGAGAAUGAUGGAGUAUCGGGUAGAGAGGUUUGAGGAGGAGGAUUGGGAAGAGGAUUUGGGAGAGGGAAAAGACGAUUAUGAGAUUCUGAUAGGACAUGAGGAGUUGGACGAGGGGAGUGAGGGCAUGGGAUUUGUGCAAGGAUUAGGGAAUGAAGAGUUGGAAGAUUGGGAGUAUGAAGAAUCUGGUAUGUUGGUGGUGGAGUCCCUGCUGUCUUCAUGGCCGCCACUUCUUCCGUCAACACCGUCUAUUGCCCGUCUGAACAUCCACGCCUCCACCAUCAAUGUCAUCACUGUUGUCGGUAACUCCGCCAUCAUCGCCGUUGUCAAUAUAUAUUCCAAUCCUUCCACCCCGCUGCAAUCCAACAGACUUUUAAUUCAACUUCAUAAAAUGGCAGGUCCAGCGCCGUUCCGAACAUGGCAUCAUAUGUGA